UUCUAAAAACUUGUCGACCAGAGAUCCAACUCCAAAGAAGAGCUGUGAAGCACUGGACAGAUAAAACUCACCUGGUUCUUGCCCCUUCUUUCUGUCGCACAAUUUCACCGUAGGGGUUUACCCAGGGUUUCUUGUCCACUGUUGUUGCCUUUGUAUCCAUGGUGAAGCCAAAGCGAGGCCGUUCGCCGCCUUCCGGUUCUGGCUCGGGUUCGUUGUCCAGGUCCCGCUCGAAGUCACGGUCACGCUCUUACUCUGGUUCAGAUUCUCGCUCCAGCUCACGCUCCCGGUCUUUGUCCUCCCGAUCUCGUUCCAAAUCGCUCUCUUCAUCCUCCUCCCCUUCUCGCAGCCUCAGCUCGGGUAGCCGCAGCCCUACUGCUCAGAGAAAGAGUUCUGCUGUAGUGGCUAAACGAGGUCGUUCUCCAGACCUGCAAUCUAGAAAAACUUCUCCGCCAAGGAAGAUUUCUCCCAUUCGUGAGUCUCUUGUUCUUCACAUUGACUCACUCAGCAGGAAUGUGCAUGAAGGCCAUUUAAAAGAGAUAUUCAGUAACUUUGGUGAGGUUGUACAUGUGGAGCUGGCAAUUGACCGUACUGUUAAUCUUCCCAAGGGAUAUGGAUAUGUUGAAUUCAAGGCAAGGGCUGAUGCUGAGAAGGCCUUAAUAUACAUGGAUGGGGCCCAGAUUGAUGGCAAUGUUGUUCGAGCAAGGUUCACAUUACCUCCGCGACAGAAGGUUUCACCACCCCCAAAACCUAUUGCUGCUGCUCCAAAGCAGGAUGCUUCCAAACCUGAUAAUGCAAGUGUCGAUGUUGAGAAGGAUGGACUAAAGAGGCAAAGAGAAUCUUCUCCCAAUUGUAAACCCCUAGCCUCACCUCGAAGAAGAAUGCCUGUUACUCAAAGAGGUGGAUCCCCUAGACGUCUUCCAGAUUCCCCUGCACGUCGACGUGCUGAUUCUCCUCCAUGUCGGCGAAUAGAGUCUCCUCUUCAUCGUGGGGAUGCACCACCAAGACGGAGACCAGCUUCCCCAGCUCGAGGUCGUUCUCCAUCUCCACCAAGGCGUUAUAGAUCCCCUGCAAGGGGCUCUCCCAGGAGGAUUCGUGGUAGUCCUAUCCGCAGACAUUCUCCUCCAAGGCGACGUACACCUCCUAGACGAGCUCUUAGUCCUCCAAGAAGGUCCCCACUUCGUCGACGUAGCCGCUCUCCAAUUCGUAGGCCUGCUCGCUCACGUUCAAGAUCACCUGCACCGAGGAGCAGAGGCCGAGCUCCUGCUGCAAGACGUGGGAGGUCAUCAUCUUAUUCCAGGUCGCCUAGUCCACGCAAGGUCACCCGCAGGAUAUCAAGGAGCCGAAGUCCUAGAAGGCCUUUGAGGGGAAGAAGCAGCACCAGCAACAGCAGCAGCUCACCACCUCGUAAAUCAUAGGUAGUAUUUGUGGCAAUCUCUUCCCCCUCUCCCUCCUCUAUAUCUAUGAGUACUGAACUAGUUAAGGUCUGUUUCAGUAUGGAAAAAUCCUUUGAUGGCUUGUGAUGUAAAACAGUGAUAGAAGUUAAUACUGUUCUUCAGGAUUGUUUGUUUUGCUUCAUGGAACCAUGCUGUGCGUGCUAGUUGCCAGUAUUUGUGGAGAAUUAUCUAUUACAGUUUAGCUGCUUUUCUGUUGAA